AUGGUAUCCGUAUACUAUCCCUCUCGCUGGGAGUCCGAGCGGAAGGCGAAACGCACGCAAAUCUCGACCGUCAUCGACGAGUUGGGCUUGCAACCGAAUGCGCAAACGCCAGCGCGUGGCGUUCAGAAAUUCGACAACAGGUAUGUAACCGCGUUAGCUGCCGCUGUCACUGCCAUUGCCAAGGGUUUGAAAGGUUUGGACGAGAAAGAGCUUGUGGACGCGGCGAGGAGCGGGAAAUACGUCGCGGAGGAGAUCGAGGGGUUGUUAGAGCAGUAUGGGGAGGAUAUUUGGGGAAGGAAUGCGGAGAGGGCCCAUUUGAAGAAGGAUUUGGUGUUUGAGCGGGAGAGCGAUCGCAAACUGCUGAAGGAGCGCCUUCAUGAUUGGAUCUUCCUGAAGGCGUUCAAUAAAUGGAGGAACAGUAAGCAAUACGCGAAUAGGAAGGCACAGCUGGCGGAGGAGAGCAUGAACCAAGAGCAAGAAGCAGAGAGCAGCGACGAAGAGGAGCUUGAUGCCGGAGCAGAAGCCCCGAUCCCAUCGACAAACAACCCUAACGACAACAAGCACACCUCAAGCACGCCUACUCGCCUGUAUCACCCAUAUUUUCCCAUCACAGAACCCUGGUCAGAGCAGCAAUGGUCUUCCUUCCGCGCCCGACCGAAAGUAAACCUGCACACCAUCCUCACGUCACUCGGCCUCAUCCCGCGCAGCGUAAAUAUUGCCAAGGCCUACAUCCCACGUUGCUUCGAGAACGACCCUACGCUCGUCGCCUUCUCCGACGAGCUCACCACAAUCGCGAAGCGCGUACAGAUGAGCCUGGAUGCGAAGGAUGUCGCCAAAGCGGCUGCGAAUCCGAACUACCUCGACGCUGAAAUCGAUGAACUGCUGUACAAUUUCGGACCAGAUCUUUGGGGCCAGCAUCUCGAGGUCAAAGAGGACCGGAACCGCUUGGAGUAUGAGAAUGAUGAGCAGAGGCAGAUCAUUUGGCUUCAUAUUCAUCAGUGGAUCUUCAUGAAGGUGUACAAUAGUGUCCGGUAUGUGGACUGGGUAUCGAACGGGAAGAAGCGGAAGCCGCGCUCGCGGAGCCGCGAUAGCUCAGAGAGGUCCAAGAAGGCGAAGACGGACACGGGAGCGAAGAGCAAAAAGAACAUUACCGAUGCUCAGGACGAAGCGGACAACAGCGACUGGGAGACCAUCACAGAUGCGGAUGAGAACGAAGGUCUGGAAGUCGACGAGGACACCGCGAUACACGGACGAAACAAGCUCGCCGACCUGCUGCGCAAGUACUUCCUCGAUUCCAACCGUAACGACGACGCUUUCGGCGAAACCGCCCUGCUCAACGAGCUCGAGCACGAAUGCGCCGCCAACUCCGACGUCUUUACCUCCGCACUCCCGCCCAGCGACAAACCGCUCCUCGCCACCUUCUCGUCCAUCCUCGCCGCCUGGAUCGACUGGCGUCGCACCGUCGUCCGCAUUAAGGCCUAUCUACCCUCUCUGCCGCCGAACCCAGCCAUCGCCAAUAAGCAGCGCGCUAUCCUCGCCAGCACGAUUCGAGAGAAGAGAGAGGCUUUCCAGCGUAUGAAGGUGGAUAUUGCGGGAUUGAAGAUGGGGCCGGAGGAUGCGCUGUGUGUGGGGUGUAUCAAGAUCAUGGGGCUGAAGGGGACCACGAAGGAAGGUAAGGAGAUUCUGAGAGUGUUCAGGGACAGGCUAGCGGGGUUCGCUGCGGAGGUUGGGGAUUUGGAGGGCGAUGAGCUGACGGUGGGGGAGUAG